CCAGUUGGUAUUUAGCAGAGUCAUCCCAUAAAUGGAAGCAGUACUCCACACACGACCGGACUUGUGCUAGGUACAGCUGAACCAACUGUCCCGGUGUGAAGUAACGCCUCACCUUGGAAAGAAUGCCAAGCUUCCUGACAGCAUUUUUGGCCAUGGAUUCAAUGUAUCUGCCGAAGUUCAUAUUGGACGACAGGUCUAUUCCAAAUAGUUAUAUUCGCCAGUGAUCGGAAAUUCAGGUGUAAAUUAUAAUGUUGGGAAGCAAUAGCCCGUUUACUUCGUUUACACCGCGAGUGAUGCAGGCUCUUUGGAAGUGUCGCGAGCGGCUCUCGGCGUCCCCUAAGACCCUGUACCAGGGCUACGUCACUUGCUCAAGGUUAUGCGGUCACAAGUACAUAGCCAAUCGUAAACGCCAAUAACCAAUGGAAAGACCGUAACUAGUAAGCCUAAUUAGUAUAAGCCUAACCAUGUCUCAUCAUCUCGUUACCGUCUGCAUGUUCUGCCUGCUAUGCGCAGCCCACACCUGCGGAUCCCACAUCGACAAACACGACGACCUAUCUGUCUAUGAACCCAAGAUACUGAAACUUGAACAUACGGCCUUAGAAGAUAAACGAAAGUUCGAAUCCAGAGAAAGGUAUCACCAGAAACUACAAAAGAUUAGGCAUAAGGAUAGAACGAAACGGGAGGUUAACGUUGAUCCGACAAAUGAUUACGUCGAACGUAUUUUCACAAUUUAUGGAGACCCCGAAAGCAAUACCAUGAACAUGACUGGAUUCAAGCAGAUGCUAGAAGCGUUGAAUCUUCAUAGGCUAGUUGAGGGUGGUAAAGAGGAUACUACUGAGAAGAAUAGUGGAGUAUAUGGUGCUAUAGGGACACAGGAUGAAAUAGUCAAUUGCGUAAAUAGUACAGAGCUUGUCAAAAAUAUCAACACACGAUUAAAAACCCAUCACCAUGGGCACCAUGACCACCAUGACCAUCAUGACAAACCUGAAUGGGAUACAACCAUCACUAAAGAUACUUUGACAGCUAUAUGCCCAAUUCUUCUAUUUCAACAAGUUUCAAACUACUCCUUGGACAGAAAUGGAUGUGUCAACGAUAAGUACCUUUUGCAGCAUUUAAGAGUAUCACAUCAAGAGAAACCUCGAUCUCAAGGUAGCAUAUCGCCAAAAACGACAGAGAAUUUGACUGAAUCACAAGUUUUGGACGCUCCUUUGAAAGAACAUGCUUCGAAAAAUAUGUUCAAAGUUUGGUUAUAUUCUUCUUUAAGCAUAACAGCUAUUAGCACUUGUGGUCUUUUAGGAGUAGCCGUUAUUCCUAUCAUGCAUAAGACUUAUUACAAUCACCUUUUACAGUUCCUUGUGGCUUUGGCCGUAGGAACCUUAUGCGGAGAUGCGUUAUUGCACUUAAUGCCGCACGCUAUGUCACCAAGCCAUGACCACGAUCAUGACCAUGCAGAAGUGGAUGUUCGAGCGUCACAUGAUGAUGGCAUGUGGAAAGGAUUAGCUGCAAUGCUCGGCGUGGUCUUCUUUUACUUCACAGAAAAAGGUCUAACGGUUGUCGUUGAAUGGCGCAAAAGACGUCAAAAGCUUGAAGAAGACAAACUGCCUUCAAGAGUUCGCGUGCUCAAAGAUGAAACUGUAGGCGGAUGUUCCGGGGGCUCAAAAUCAGUUGUCACCAAUUCCACUUCAAAUUCUUUACUAAAAAUCUUUAAACGCGACGAAAAAGGUGAUCCUACAACAAAGACAUGCAAGCACAAAUACUCUGAAUACCCGUACUGUUACGACGAAAUUGACACAGAUACUCAUGACGAUCACCAUAUGAGAGAUGGCGUACCUCCAAGUCCCAAAGCCAAUAAGAAUCAUACAAAUUCAGUUAGUGUUGUGUCUUCGAAUGCUUUGAAUGUGGAUGGGAAAGAAGAGCCAUCGGCGAAGGAUUGGUUGCUAAAGGCAGAGGCUGCGCCUAGUGUUGAGUUGAACAAUAUUAAACAUAAGGAUGAGGGAAGCAAGGAUUUGAAGGAUGGAGAUAGUUAUACUGUUAUACUGAGGGAACAUUCUCGCGCGCACCACGGGCACUCUCACUCCCACGGCCACGUGCACGCCCCUCCUUCGUCCAUCGCCUCCGUGGCCUGGAUGGUUAUCAUGGGUGACGGCUUGCACAAUUUCACCGAUGGCAUGGCAAUUGGAGCGGCGUUUGCGUCGAACAUCGCUGGCGGUUUUUCUACCGCUAUUGCCGUUUUAUGCCACGAACUGCCACAUGAACUUGGCGACUUCGCAGUCCUACUAAAAGCAGGCAUGUCUGUCAAACGAGCAGUGUGUUACAACGUGCUGUCGUCCGCACUGUGCCUUGGUGGUAUGGUCUGCGGUGUUCUGGCCGGUCACGCGCCUUCUGCAACGCGUUGGCUGUUCGCCGUCGCCGCUGGCAUGUUCUUGUAUAUCGCACUUGUUGAUAUGAUGCCAGAACUGAGUACAUCGCACAGCAAAGAAGGUACAUUAUGUCAGUGUAUUUUACAAUUAAUGGGCCUCGCGACUGGAAUAGGCAUUAUGCUCGUCAUAGCAUUAUACGAGCACGACUUAAAAAAUCUAUUUGGACAGGAAUAGGCCAAGUGUAAACAAAAGUGUUUUACAUUUUUGGGUUUUUUAGUGAAAACUUAACUAAAAACGGACAAUUGUAAACAUUAUUUAACUAGUGUAAACAGAUUAAACAUUUUUGAGUCAAGUGUAAACAUUCGCAAAAUGGAAUUGGACAACUCUAAACAAUAUCGACAAGUGUAAGCAGAUAAAAGAGAGUUAACAGUGUAAAAUAAACAAUUAAGUUUAAAAGUAUUUACAGUUUUAAUUAAUGAAUUUUGAAUUGAAGUUUUAGUAAAUGUUAAUACUUCUGUACUGCAACAAUUUAUAAGAUUCAAUCAUAUGUAAACUAUGUCAGUCAAGUGUAAACAUUUUGUAAAUUAUCAAAAUUGUCAAAUCAGUGGUACACCAGUGUUUUAAAUGUCAAUUGUAAAAAUGAACUUCGAAUAUUUCCAAGUGAUUUUCAAUUCAAAAAUGCGAUAGUGAUAAUAUAAAUCGAAUACAAUUUACGUAAUAACUUUGACUGAAAAGUUGUGAAAUCGGGAAAUUUACCCGAAAUUGUGGGUACAAAGCAAUGUAUAGUGUAAUAUCCACGAAGAACACCAAAAUGUCAGGACUUUAGACAAAUUAGAAAAUUUACUUUUUAGUAAUUUAAAUUUACUUUUAAAAUGAUUAAGUUAAUUACUUAAAUAAGCCCUGAAUUGUCUGGGGCUAAGGCAAGGUAUGGACUUGGUCAAUAGACCCUAAAUUUUAAAUAAAAUAAUAUACCUAGCUCAAUAAUUGUACUUUAAGAUGUACUUACAUAAUUAUGAAUUGACAUCUCCUUUAUACGUGUAACACAUAUAUAUUCCUCCUCUAUAUUAAGGCUGAAAACUAGAUUUUGGAACCAUGUCAUGUUGAGGAACCCUUACUUCUCUGUUUCUUAACAGUUUGGUAAGUGUCACUACUGUAUAUGUAGCGUGAUGGAACACGUUAUUUAACUCUCUUUUUAGAAGAGACCCGUGCCCAACAUUGGAACGUUUAUGGGCUCAUGAUUACGUUGAGUACGUACAUAAUUAUGCAUCAUUAGCUAAUUUUCCAACAAAGUGACUGAUGUGAUUAAUAAAAAUUAGAGACGUUUCAGAACGUGAAAAAUAGAACACAAAGUGCAUGCUUAUAAGGUAGAAAUUAAAAUGUACCAGUGACCGGAAAAAAGACAUAUUGUAAAUUGUAUCGUAUGCGCAUGUGUUUUAUGUUCAAUCUCUUUCCAAGGUAUAAUAUAUUAUAUUUAAAUCUUAAGAACUAGAUUUUUUAUGUCUAUUUUUUCUAUCUCGCAUAGAUUGCGAGGAUUAUUAUGCCAAAUUUUCGAAUGAUUUUAAAUGGCAACAAAAGAAAUUGGUAGAAAAUUCAUAUCGAAUAUGGCAACACCUACACAUAACAGCAAUGUUGCCAUUUGGUCUCGUGAAUUUAGUACACAAAAAUGGCAC